GACAGCACCUGGCCCACCUGCCCAGAGGACCAGGAGAUGGAGGCUCCCAAGGGCAAGGCCUGCCUGGCCCCGCCCUCCUGGCAGUGAGAGCAGACCUGACGUCCCUGUGGCCACAGGACCCUGUGUGACCAGCUGGCUGCCCCGCAGGUGCCGUCGGAGGGCGGCCACACUUCCCAGCACCCCUCGCAGCCAGGCGAGUUCAGGGCCAGGUUCUGACCCCCGGGGGGACAGCACAGCGGGCUGUGGUCCCAGGGACCCCCUGACCCCGGGUCCCUCGGCCGGGGGACACACACCUGAAGUCAGGGAUGCCGGCGCCCGUGCUGAUGCCCGCGCCCGUGUGGAACACCACGUGGGAGGCCCGCGACACCAGCAGCGCCAGCUGCCGCACCUUGCGCUCCAGCUCCUCCGGGGGGUCGAAGAUCUGCGCAGCGACAGGCAGUCAAGUGGCUUGGGAGGAGAAGGAACACCAGACACUGGCAAUGAAGACCCUUCGGGCUCGAUUUAAGAAGACAGAGCUGCGGCUCAGCCCCACCGACCUCGGCUCCUGCCCGCCCUGCGGCCCCUGCCCCAUCCCGAAGCCGGCAGCCAGAGGCAGGCGCCAGGGCCAGGACUGGGGCAAGAGCGACGAGAGGCUGCUGCAGGCCGUGGAGAACGAGGACGCAGCCCGCGUGGCCGCGCUCAUUGCCCGCAAGGGGCUGGUGCCCACAAAACUGGACCCUGAGGGCAAGUCCGCGUUCCACCUGGCGGCCAUGCGGGGUGCAGCCAGCUGUCUGGAGGUGAUGCUGGCCCACGGCGCCGAUGUCAUGAGCACGGACGGAGCAGGUUACAACGCCAUCCACCUGGCCGCCAAGUACGGGCACCCGCAGUGUUUGAAGCAGCUGCUGCAGGCAUCGUGCGUGGUGGACAUCGAGGAUGGCAGUGGGUGGACAGCCCUACAUCACGCAGCGGCUGGAGGCUGUCUGUCCUGCUCAGAGAUACUCUGCUCCUUCAAGGCACAUCUGAACCCGCGAGACCGGUCGGGCGCAACGCCUCUCAUCAUAGCUGCUCAGAUGUGCCACGCGGACCUGUGCCGGCUGCUCCUGCAGCAGGGGGCUGCUGCCAAUGACCAGGACCUGCAGGGCAGGACAGCCCUGAUGCUGGCCUGUGAGGGGGCCAGCCCCGAGACCGUGGAGGUGCUGCUGCAGGGCGGGGCCCGGCCAGGCCUCGCGGACGCCCUGGGCCAGGACGCUGCUCACUACGGUGCCCUAGCGGGGGACAAGCUCAUCCUGCACCUUCUGCAAGAGGCAGCUCAGCGUCCCUCCCCGCCCAGUGGGGACGACUCAGGCGAGGCAUCAUCUCAGAACUCCGUGUCCAGCCACGACCAGCGAGGGGCUGCCAAAAAGCGGAAGGCACCCCAGCCGCCAGCCAGCAUUCCCACGCCGGAUGAUCGCGAAGCCUAUGAGGAGAUCGUGCGGCUGCGGCAGGAGAGGGGCCACCUCCUGCAGAAGAUCCGAGGCCUGGAGCAGCACAGGGACCGGAGGCAGCCGGAGGCCAGGAGGCAGCAGGCCUGGGAGCCGCAGGAGGCCGAGGCCGGCUCGCUCCACAGCCUGCAGAGACAGGUGCAAGAGCUGCAGCAGCUGCUGGCGGAGAAGCAGGAGGAGAAGGAGAGCCUGGGCCGAGAGGUGGAAAGUUUGCAGAGCCGGCUGUCCCUGCUGGAGAGCGAGCGGGAGAACACCAGCUAUGACGUGGCCACCCUGCAGGAUGAGGAAGGGGAGCUGCCCGAUUUUCCAGGGGCCGAGGCCCUGCUGUCCCGGCAGCUAAGCCCGACGGCCCAGGAGCAGGUGGCUGCACUGCAGGAGCAGGUGGCUGCACUCACGAGACAGAACCAGGAGCUAAUGGAGAAAGUGCAGAUCCUGGAGGACUUCGAGAAGGACGAGAUGCAGAUGGAGGUGAAUGGUUCUGCUGAGGUGGUCCCCCUGGUCCUCUAUGACUCUCUCCGGGCCGAGUUUGACCAGCUUCGGAAGCAGCAUGCAGAGGCCGUGCGGGCGCUGGAGCAGCAGGAGGCAGGGCAGGCCCCGGCGGCAGAGGCAGCUGCCCACCGCCCCCCCCAGGGCUCCGAUUCGGGAGCCAACGCAGCCCCAGAGGGACCCACAGGUGCCGAGCUGAACGGCACCGCGGCUCUGGAAGCCCGAGUUACCGGGGCAGAGAACACGGGUGAGGAGACUGCGGGAGCCGAAGCCGCGGAAGCCAGGACUUUGGAAGCGGCCACCGCAGUGCCCGAGGCCGAGGCAGCCACGGAUGCUGAGGCCCAGGAAACAGAGGGGGCGGGAGCCCAGGCCGAGGCAGCGGAGGCCUCCGCAGCGCAGGUGACCGCAGUGAAGGCCGCGCCCGGGGGGAAGGCUGGAGCUGCCACCCCGGGGGCUGAGGCCACUGGCCCAGAGGCCACAGAAAGGAAAGCAGACAACCCAGAGAAGGCCCGCGGCGAGGGCGGUGCCGAAGCCAGGCUCACAGAGCCCCGGGCCGCACACACGGAGGCCGCCCGGGUCCCCGCGGGCCCCGGCCUGCACCCCGGGGCCGCUGAGGCCUCCGAGAAGCUGCAGGCGGAGCUGGAGACCCGGAUUCGCGGCUUGGAGGAGGCGCUGCGGCUGCGAGAGCGGGAGGCGGCUGCCGAGCUGGAAGCGGCCCUGGGCAAGUGCGAGGCCGCAGAGGCCGAGGCCGGUCGGCUGCGGGCGCGGGUGCGCGAGGCCGAGGGCGCCGGGGCCGGUGCGGGCAGCGGUGGCGACAGCGGCCAGCUGCGGGCGGCCCUGGAGCAGGCCCGGGAGGACCUUCGCGACCGCGACUGCCGCCUGCGGGAGCUGGAGGCGGCCUCGGCCUGGCUGGACGAGGCGCGGGCCGGCCGGCUGCUGGCCGAGGAGGAGGCCCGGGGCCUGCGGGCGGAGCUGGCCCGACGGGAGGAGGCGCGGCUGGAGCAGAGCCGGGAGCUGGAGGUGCUGCGGGAGCAGCUGGCCGCGGCCAGGGCCGCCGGGGAGCAGCAGCGGGCAGCGGCCGCCGAGCUGGGCCACGCGCGGGACGCGGCCGAGGCCCGGGCCGCAGAGCUGGCCGCGGCCUGCGAGGAGGCCCGGCGGGGCCUGGCGGAGCUGCGCGAGGCCUCCGAGGCCCUCCGCCGGGCGUCCGUGCCCGCCUGCGAGCACCGCCGGCUGCAGGAGGAGGCCCUGGAGCUGCGCGGCCGCGCCGCCGGCCUGGAGCAGGAGGUGGUGGCCGCCGGCAAGGAGGGCGCGCGGCUGCGGGCGGAGCUGGAGCGGGAGCGCGGGGGCGGCGUGGCCCGCGCGGAGCACGAACGCACGGUGGGCGCGCUGCAGGCCGAGGUGGCCCGGCUGCAGGGGCAGCUGGAGGAGCUGGAGCGCAGGCACGAGAGGACCAGCGCCGAGGUCUUCCAGGUGCAGCGGGAGGCGCUGUUCAUGAAGAGCGAGCGGCACGCGGCCGAGGCCCAGCUGGCCACCGCGGAGCAGCAGCUACGGAGCCUACGGACCGAAGCCGAGAGGGCUCGCGAGGCCCAGAGCUGCGCCCAGGAGGCCCUGGACAAGGCCAAGGAGAAGGACAAGAAGAUCACAGAGCUGUCCAAGGAAGUCUUCAGCCUUAAGGAGGCCCUGAAGGAGCAGCCGGCCGCCCCAGCCGCGCCCCGGGUGGAGGUGGAGGUGGAGGCCCUCCGAGGCCAGGUGAAGGCCCUGCAGCGGCAGAUGGAGGAGGCUGCCCGUGACCACUGUGCUGUGGUGGCGCUGUAUAGGAGCCACCUCCUGUACGCCAUCCAGGGCCAGAUGGACGAGGACGUGCAGCGGAUUCUCAGUCAGAUCUUGCAGAUGCAAAGGCUCCAGGCCCAGGGCCGCUGAGGCCAGCAGGGGGCUGCGCAGCCCGGCUCAGAACCCCAGGCCCCCCCGGCCAGCCCCCGGCCAGCCGCUGCCCCACAGGCGGCUGGGAUUGGACAUGUGGACACCAGCCUGGGUCCCCUAAGUGGCCCCAUCUCUGCAGCUGUCCCCGCACACUGUGGUUGGUCAGGUGUGCCUGCCCUCCCCACGGGGCAGCUGCGUAUGUCCUGCCCAGGUCUCGACCCGACGACACCAAUCCAGGAAUAAAAGAUCUCUGCACAGACAAAUGCA